CCUGAAGGACCCCGGGUGCCAAUAGCAAGCGUGAGUGAGUGUGUGUGUGUGUGGGAAGCGAGCGGUGUCGGGUCUGGUUUAGGCGAAGGAAAAUUACACUUUAUUUUCGUAUCGAAAACGACGUAGCCGGAGUCCGGAGAUGUUCGAGGAAGCGAGCGAGGUGUUCGACAACAUGUUCAAGGGUUCCUUCCCCCUGACUUUCAUCGUCUUCAUCCCGGCCGUGUUGCUGCUGGUGUCGCCGCUGCCCACAGAGGCUGCCCACGAGUUCACCGUCUACAGAAUGCAGCAGUAUGACCUGCAGGGACAGGCGUAUGGGACACGGAAUGCAAUGCUUAACACUGAGGCCCGGACUGUGGAGGCGGACGUGCUGAGCCGUCGCUGUGUGAUAAUGAGACUAGCGGAGUUCUCCUUCGAAAAAUUCCAGGAGGCCAUUCGGCAGUCAGCUGGGGCAGUGGUCGUCAUUCUGCCCCAGAAUAUGUCCACGAUGCCUCAGGACGUCAUUCAGCAAUUUAUGGAGAUUGAGCCCGAGCUGCUGGCGACCGAGACCAUCGUCCCGGUGUACUUUGCGCUGGAGGAUGACGAGCUCCUGUCCAUACACGAUCAGACAAAGGCGGCCUCCGUGUCCCAGGGCACCGCCUCAGCGGCAGAGGUGCUCAUACACACAGCUACAGCCAAUGGGUUUCAAAUGGUCACCAGUGGAGCCCAAAGCAAAGCCAUCAGUGACUGGGCAGUAACCAGCCUGGAGGGACGAUUGACUGGUCUGGGAGGAGAGGAUCUGCCCACCAUCGCAAUUGUUGCACACUACGACUCCUUCGGCGUGGCCCCUUGGCUGUCAUACGGAGCUGACUCUAAUGGGAGUGGGGUGGCAGCGUUGCUGGAACUGGCUCGUCUCUUUUCUCGACUCUACACGUACAAGAGGACACAUGCAGCAUACAAUAUCCUGUUCUUUGUAUCUGGGGGAGGGAAAUUCAACUACCAGGGAACAAAGCGCUGGCUGGAAGAUAACCUCGACCACACAGAUUCCAGCCUCCUGCAGGAUAAUGUUGCCUUUGUCCUGUGCCUGGACACAAUGGGCAAUAACAAUGACCUUUAUCUGCACGUCUCAAAGCCACCAAAGGAGGCAACCCCACAGCAUGCCUUCCUGAGAGACCUGGAAAUGGUGACAUCCAGCCAAUACAAAGAGGUCAAAUUUUCGAUGGUGCAUAAAAAAAUCAACUUGGCAGAGGACAUGCUGGCGUGGGAGCACGAGCGCUUUGGUAUCCGGCGGCUACCUGCUUUCACCAUGUCUCACCUCGAGAGCCACAAAAGCAGUCUGCGCACCACUGUCAUGGACGUCAGGUCCCAGAUUGAUAUUCAGAAGUUAAGUCGCAAUACCAGAAUAAUAGCAGAAGCAUUGGCACGGGUAAUUUACAACUUAACAGAGAAGGGUGCCCCAUCGGACCUUCAGAUCUUCACAGAGCAAAUGCAGUUACAGGAGGACCAGUUAUCAUCUGUAUUAGACUGGUUAACAACACAGCCUCGUGCUGCACAGUUGGUGGAUAAGGACAGCAGCCUGAUCGCCACAAUGGAGUAUUACAUGAGCAGAUACCUGAAAGACGUUAAACGGCAUCAUGUGAAAGCAGAUAAGAGAGAUCCAGAAUUUGUCUUCUAUGAUCAGCUGAAGCAAACCAUGAAUGCCUACAGAGUGAAACCUGCCAUCUUUGAUCUGCUGUUGGCGCUGUGCAUAGCAGCAUACCUGGCAGUUACGUAUUUCGUUGCCCAGAACUUCGGUUUCUUUUACAACACAGUCCGACGGAUCACCCUGAAACAGAAGCAACACUGACGACAGACCACCAACUCCCGCACUAAGGGGGCUUCCUCCCAGUUUAUAUUAUAAAAAAACUCCCCAUGUCAUUGUGGCUUGUUCUGACCAGCCGCACUGAGCCACUCACUGCCACCAUACCACCCACAGGGUUAAGAUGUUUCCUGAAUCACUGUUUGAGUUGGACUUUUAUCUUCCCCUUCCCACCACUACCACCCCAAUUCCAUCUAUGCUUCAAUUCUUACCCAAAGGCACCUCCUGUUCGGCACACACCGCCCAAACCAAGCUGCCUGUGUGUGCCUUUGGUAAAUUGAAACCAAUCCAUGCACCGAUUGCAAUGUUUUAGUUUGAUCCUGUUCAUCACAUUCUGAAAUGCCCCUUUAACUGGGUGUUUCGACUCUCAAUGGAAUCAAUCCUUUUUACUCCAGAUAAAAAGAAAACGGUUGUAAAUAGCGAAGGGCAAAGGGACGUUUGUUUCAAAAUUGGGGUCUGUGUACGCGAGGUACCAUUCACCCCAGUGCUGUUUCUGAUUUUUUUUGUGUCCAAAUAAUGUCGUCCCAACCAGCCCCUAAACUAGCCUGGGUUUGUGUGUUGAGUGUGCAGCCAAGACAUUAGGCAACUGAGAGAGGGAGCAAGUUUCACUGCACUGAGCAUCCCAAUCCCUUCUGGUCCCAUUAUUCCUUGGUCGUUACUCCAGGGGGGCUGUUGCAAAGAUUUUUUUUAUUAAUAAGAGCACACUCUACUCGUGGUUAGUCUGUGAAAUAAGUUCACCUGCAGCACCUCUUGUGGGGAGAGAGAGAGAGUGUCCAUCCAUAUCCUCAUUUUAACAGAAGAAAACAGACCCACUUAACAAGCACACGGUGGAUUGUCUCUUUGAAAACCGAAAGGAGAAAGUUUGCUCCUGUUGAACUUUGCGAUGUAUUGUUUCCCUAUUUCGGGGUUUAUUUUGGAAACACUAGGGGAUAUCGGAGAGGGGGGGGUGUUUUGUUUUUUACCCUCAGUUGAUUUGCGACGCUGAAUCCUGAGCUUUUAUUUAUAUAUUGUAAAUGGUUCUUUGUUUGCAAAAAAAAAUCAUUGAAGUUGACAAUUUCCUCCUGUUGUCUAAUGCAAUGGAUUAUGGGGAUAAAGAGUGGAGCUGUGCAGAACGGGAAGUCCCGAUACAGAUGGGAGGACCACGCAAUAAAUGAGAAACUGGACGGAGCAAGUCAUCUGCACCAGUGUUGCAAUGUG